AUGGAUGAGCAAUUAGAAGAAAUGGUGGAUAAAUUUCUCGAGCGUGGCUAUCAGUAUAAAGACUUAGUCAGAGCAUUAGAGGAGGCAAAGUCUGCCGACGUGACUAAAUUGGAUGAGAAGGCCCCGAGAUUGGUUUUCCCCACUACUUUUCACGAUGCAUCCCCAGCAAUCUCUAAAAUUGUUAUGGACAAUUGUAAAAUGAUAGCGUAUGAUGAUACGCUUUCAAAAGUUUUUAAAGAACCACCUCUCAUCUGUUAUCGGAGAAACAAGAAUCUGAGGGAUUUACUUGUUCACACGGACCUGGUUAAAAGCUAUGAAAAGAGGGUUGAAGUACAGAGUCGGGGAGUAUACGAUGUUUGGGUUGUGUCACAUGUACCCAUAUGA